UAGUAACCCUCAUCUCAGAGCAGAGAACUGACUUCACUUCAGGAACAAGCUCAGCCCAGUUCGGAUCCCUCUUUGCACCUCCAAACGCUUACGGAGGAGGCGAGCAAGACGGGUUCCCUCUGCCCAGGCAGCACUGGUUGAACAUGGUUUAAAGAAGAUUUUUUUUUCUUUUUUCCUACUAUUGAUUUUUUUUUUUUUUUAAUUCCUGAUGCAGAGAGAAACUGCCUGUAGGCUGGUACAUUACCACCACAUCAUGAGGUCUAUGGAUCAAGAAGAACCGACUCCACAUAAAACCAACAGCCCACCCUCUGGAGUUACAUACGCUCAUGAUGACUUGGACUGUGGCCUCAAGCCAUGCCCCCUGGCUUUUUCUAGCCUUUCUGCAGAUCCCAUGGGCAGAUAUGGACAGCCAGAUAGCAUAGGGACAACACCUGCACACCCUGCAAACGCUGCAGGGGCCUCUGCUCCGAGCCCUAGGAUUGAAAUUACUCCAUAUCAUGAACUGAUUCAUUCAGGGGGUCCCUUCCGCAGCAGAGACACAGAUCUCUUGGUAGAACAUCAGUCAAACUCUGCUACCACUAGCCCCAGGGUUACCCUGCCUGUCCCUGGCUUUGAGGGCUACAGAGAACCGCUGUGUUUGAGCCCAGCUAGUAGUGGCUCAUCUGCAAGUUUCAUUUCAGAGACAAAUUUCUCUCCUUACACAUCACCAUGUGUUUCACCAAAUAAUGGUCCUAGUGAUGACCUUUGUCCACAGUUUCAAAACAUCCAUACUCAUUAUUCUCCUAGAACCUCUCCAAUAAUGUCACCACGAACAAGCAUCACGGAGGAAACCUGCUUGGGACAACAUUCACCAUCACCCCGUCCCAACUCAAGGUCUUCAUCACCAGGUGCAAAACGGAGGUACUCUUGCACUGAGCUCUACAAUACUCAGCCGCCUUCCACUUCUCCACGACAGUCAAGGACCCCCUCUCCACAAUCCUCUCCUCGCAUCCCUUUGAGAGAAGACAGCUCUUCGGUUACUUACACACAGUUGCCCAGCGCUUCUAUUUCCAUGGAUGCUAUGAACAGCCUUCCUACGGAUCCUUCUUGUGGUGUUCCCACAAAAAUUUGGAAAACCAGCCCUGAUCCUUCAUCGAUGCCUUCCCACAAAAACAGCAUUCCAUGUCACGUCUUUCAGACUGUUGACUUCCAUGGGCCUUGUGAGCAGGAGGACAGGAGAAACUCAGCCCCAGAAUCGAUUUUGUUGGUACCUCCAUCUUGGACAAAGCAGCUGAUGCCUGCAAUACCUCUCUGCAGCUUGCCCGUGCAGUCGCUCCCACCGCUCGAGUGGCCGCUCCCCAGCCAGUCUGGCUCUUACGAGUUACGGAUCGAAGUGCAGCCGAAGCCCCACCACCGUGCGCACUAUGAGACGGAGGGAAGUCGGGGGGCGGUUAAGGCACCAACCGGAGGUCAUCCCGUCGUCCAGCUUCACGGUUACAUGGAGAACAAACCUUUGGGUCUUCAGAUCUUCAUUGGGACAGCAGACGAACGGAUACUUAAACCUCAUGCAUUCUAUCAAGUCCAUCGCAUUACGGGAAAAACUGUCACUACCACCAGCUAUGAAAAAAUCAUUGGCAACACCAAAGUUUUAGAGAUCCCACUGGAACCCAAAAACAAUAUGAAAGCAACCAUCGACUGUGCAGGGAUUUUGAAGCUGAGGAAUGCAGACAUUGAGCUGCGUAAAGGAGAGACAGACAUUGGCCGGAAGAACACCCGCGUUCGGCUCGUCUUCCGCGUGCACAUCCCGGAGGCCAACGGCAGAAUCAUUUCCCUGCAGGCGGCAUCUAACCCCAUCGAGUGCUCCCAAAGGUCUGCUCAUGAACUUCCAAUGGUUGAAAGACAAGAUAUUGAUAGCUGCCUUGUUUAUGGAGGACAACAGAUGAUCCUGACUGGACAGAAUUUCACAGCAGAGUCCAAGGUGGUGUUCACAGAGAAAACGUCAGAUGGGCAGCAGAUCUGGGAAAUGGAGGCGACGGUGGAUAAAGAUAAGAGCCAGCCUAGCAUGCUUUUUGUAGAAAUACCAGAAUACCGUAACAAGCACAUCCGUACACCUGUGAAGGUGAAUUUCUAUGUCAUCAAUGGGAAAAGAAAAAGAAGCCAACCCCAGCAUUUUACCUAUCACCCAGUACCAUCAAUCAAAACAGAGCCCAUUGAUGACUAUGAUCCAGCCUUAAUCUGCAAUACAGUACACAGUGGUCUGGGAACAGUAACACAGCCCUACUAUUCACAGCACACAAUGGUCACCGAGUCCCCUUCCUGUCUUGUGGCCCCUAUGGCCCCCUGCCAGCAGUUGCGCUCAGGCCUUUCUUCUCCCGAUUCUCGAUACCAUCAGCAGAAUCCAGCCGCUGUAAUAUACCAAAGAAGCAAGAGCCUUAGCCCUAGCCAACUGGGCUACCAGCAAUCCAGUUUGAUGGCUACACCGGUGGCUAUUUCAGAUGCCCAUAGGUCAGUGCUGGUGCAUGCUGGUUCCCCAGGCCAAACUUCAGCGGUGCUCCACCACUCGCCAGGCAACCAGCAGUCUUCUCCUGUGAUCCACUAUUCUCCAACUAACCAGCAGCUGAGAUGUGGAAGUCACCAAGAAUUUCAGCACAUCAUGUGCUGUGAAAAUUUUACGUCCAACGUUGCGAGAUCCAGCCAGCCCCAAGUCAGUCAAGCACAAAGGUUAAGUCCGAGUUCGUAUCCUACCGUGAUUCAGCAGCAGACAGCCUCAGGCCAGCGAGCAGCAAAAAAUGGACCACCGGUUAGCGAGCAGAAAGAAGUGUUACCAGCUGGAGUCACUAUUAAACAGGAACAGAAUCUGGACCAAGCAUAUCUGGAUGAUGUUAAUGAAAUUAUCAGGAAGGAAUUUUCUGGACUCCCUGCCAGAAAUCAGACAUAGAAGCAGAGAUUUGCAAGACAACUUUUACUGAAUCCUUCCAUAACUGACCUCUUAGAUCCUUCCAGUGCCCCUGCAACCUCCUGCUUCCUUAACUGUUCAUCUCAAGGCACCAAUUCAAUGCAAGGAACAAUGUAUUGGCAUCAGGCUGACAGCCUUGACUAAGCAGCUCGCCACCUCUCUCUGUAAACAUCGAAAAGGACACCCUUCCUUUAGUCCAAAGAUCGUAUUGUUCUCAUAUAACAGAGCAUCUGUCUGAGGAAACUCUUCAAGCCUGCUGCAAAAUAUCUAUCUAUGUAUCGAUCUAUCUUAGUAAUAAGGGAGAAGUAAGAUGUCACUCCUGAACACUGCACAAAGCAGGGGAGGUUAUAUAUUAGCGCUUAUUUGGGUGGGGUGGGAAACGAGGGAAGAAAGAGUAAUAUAUUCCAUAAAAGAAUAACAACAUUUUGCAGUUUGCUAACAAUGAGUUGCCUUCCAAGUUUCAAAGCCCUUUGGAAAAAUGUUAUUGUUGUAGGAAACUGAGGCAGCCCAAGCUUGCUCGGCCUUUGGCCAACCUGGGGUCAAAACCCAUGUUCUCUGACUCUGAGCACUGUGAUCAGUAUUUCAAGCAGUAGCUGUCAGCUGAAUCCAGAAGUUUUCAUUUUUCUGGAUAGGAUUUUGAAGAAGGAGGAUAUUUGAAGAAAACUAGUUAAAAGAGCAAUUCAACAGUUCUAAUGCUGUUCCCAAGUUAAAAUAAACUCUGAUAAAACAGAGAUUAAUCCAUAGGAGUCACAGUGACCUAAGCACUGUUAUGCCUAACCAAAGAUUUUUUUAUGAUUGAUCCUUGUUAAUAUUGAGGCAGUACAUGAACACAUCUUAGAUGUUUUCUCUCUAAUGAUUUGUUGCUGUUUCUUUUCAUACAGACCCUGCUAUUGGCUUGUAACUUGUCUCAUUUAGCAGCUGUACCAUUUAACCACAUAAGCUGCAGAGGAAAAUAAUUGCAUCUCACAGAAGCCAUAUCUUCUAAACAAAUGCGUAAACCUACUUACAUUUCUUUAGCUUUGCAAAGCCACCAGCCAUUUCUGGAAAGGUUCAAUUUCCAUGUGAGUUAGUGCGUUAGUUAUGUUUUGCUUCAGGCGUUUGAAUAUGCUGUACUGAUACGUGCUUAUCACAAUAAGAGAUUGCCUCUGCUAUUUGCAGUCGUACUGCUCGUAAGUUUGUAACAUUUUUUGGUGUGUUAUUGCUACCACGGUGUGAUAAGAAGGCAUCAUGAAUGCAUAAUCAAUGUACAGUAAGAGGUAGCCAUAGUAUUAUAGGAAAUAAUUAGUAAUCAUCUUUUCUGUUUCUGUAAAUGAGGAACGCUGAUGUCGUCAUGGGUGCAGAGCUAAAGGUCUAUUCUAGAAAACACAGUUAAACAAUCCUGU